UGAUUCUACUCAGCAGAUCUCAGACUCUCAUCAAGCGUCCAAUGCGGCGCCACGUUUUACCUUCGAUUCAAGCAGCCCCCCUACAUUCCCGCACCUAAUUUAGACCCGGACACUCUCACUAUCACCUCUACAACAACACUCAUCAAAAGGUCAUCCACACAGCCGACCAAACACCGAAACGUGUCCCGUUUUUCUUUCUUCGUUUGUCUGCGUCUUCGUUCUCUCUUCCCUGGUUCACAGCGCUCCAACAGUAGCAGCCACAACAGUGCUCUACAGAUUUCGCGGAAAAGUCCUCUCGUUCCCAUUCAAUUUCCAAACGAAUAUGGCGGAGCCGCUGGCGCCCGAGAGCGACGAGGAGCGCUUGCUCUUGGCUCAGCCUAGCAGCACUGACCAGUCGUGGCGGUUGAACUUCGACGGAUUCCAGGUGUCCUCGGAGCACAAGGAGAAAAAGCCUCCUCGUGGCCUCCACGACUGCCUAGGGGUGUUGGGUCCAGAAGAUAAUGUGGCCGAGUACUAUCAGCAGCAGGUAGAAAUGCUUGAGGGAUUUAAUGAAAUGGAUGCCUUAGCGGAACGUGGUUUUAUUCCUGGGAUGUCAAAGGAAGAGCAAGAAAAGUUGGCUAAAAGUGAAACAUUUGCCAUUAGAAUAUCAAAUGUUGCAAACAUGGCUCUCUUUACAGCUAAAGUCUAUGCUUCUGUCCGAAGUGGUUCCUUAGCCAUCAUUGCAUCCACACUGGACUCGCUUCUUGAUCUUCUGUCUGGCUUCAUCCUGUGGUUUACUGCAUUCUCCAUGCAAACUCCAAACCCAUAUCAGUAUCCUAUUGGGAAGAAACGUAUGCAGCCAUUGGGAAUCCUCGUAUUUGCCUCUGUCAUGGCGACUCUUGGACUGCAGAUUAUCUUGGAGUCAGUGCGCACACUAUUAUCUGAUGACUUGUCAUUCAGCUUGACCGACGACCAGGAGCGAUGGCUUGUUGGGAUUAUGCUUUCUGUGACUCUGGUAAAACUCGCUUUGGCUAUUUAUUGUCGCACUUUCAAAAAUGAGAUCGUCAAAGCUUAUGCCCAAGAUCACUUUUUUGAUGUUAUCACCAACGUCAUUGGACUCAUUGCUGCUCUCCUUGCAAAGUAUAUUGAUGAUUGGAUGGAUCCUGUUGGAGCUAUCAUUCUGGCUUUGUACACUAUCCGUACAUGGUCAAUGACAGUGUUGGAAAAUGUGAACUCCCUUGUGGGAAGAUCAGCUGCUCCAGAAUAUCUACAGAAACUCACGUACCUCUCUUGGAAUCACCACAGGGCCAUAAGACAUAUUGAUACGGUCCGGGCUUACACCUUUGGGUCGCACUACUUUGUGGAGGUUGACAUAGUUUUGCCGGCAGACAUGCCUUUGCAAGAGGCUCAUGACAUCGGGGAAUCUUUGCAGGAGAAGCUUGAACUCCUGCCCGAGAUUGAGCGUGCCUUUGUACAUCUGGAUUACGAGUACUCGCACAAACCUGAGCAUGCUCAGCAGACACACUCCUAGUCAAAAAAAAAAGGAAAAAUGUAAGUCACAUGCUACAUCUAUUGUAGUUUUGUUUCUUGCUCUCUUUUUUCUUCAACUCUACACGUCCUUGCCCCUACUUGAAUAUGAUAUUAAUUCCCACCGAGAACAACCUGAACCUGUAAAUCAGGAUGGUUUCAGCUCGGUGGAAAUUUCUAUAUUUUGGAACAUUUGAUAGUUGGAGUAGUAAAAUGCUUGAGCAUUUGCUAAACAUUUACUACUUGUUAUGGGGAAACCAAGAUUUCGCGCACAGUCAAUGAUGGGCAUAAACAUUUCUUUGUUGGAUAAAAUGUUAUUAGAUAGAAAAAUUAGAGCUUUGAUUGUUAA